AUGCAUUUUCUCCCAUACACUUUUCAGUAUUCCCUCCCAGACACUUCUUUCUGCAUUAUCUUCCAUACAUUUCUUUUUGCAUCUAUUUCUAUACACUUCUUUUUGCUCACUCUCCCAUACACUUCUUACUGUUUUCACUCCAUACACAUUUUUUUGCAUUCUUUUCAAUCUCUCCUUUUGCUUUCUCUCCCAUACAAUAUUCUGCUUUCUCUCCCAUACACUUCUUUCUGCUUUCUCUUCCAUACACUUUUUAGUAUUCCCUCCCAGACACUUCUUUCUGCAUUAUCUUUCAUAAAUUUCUUUCUGCAUCCAUUUCUAUACACUUUUUCUCUCCCAUACACUUCUUCCUGCUUUCUCUCCCAUACACUUCUUUCUGCUUUCUCCUUUGUAAACUUCUUUCUGUUUUCUCUCCCAUACACUUAUUUCUGCUAUCUCUAUUGUAAACUUGUUGCUGCUUUCUCUCCCAAACACUUCUUUCUGAUUUCUCUUCGAUACAUUUCUUUCUGCAUUCUUUCACAUACACUUCUUUCUGCUUUCUCUUCCAUGCACUUCUUACUGCUAUCUCUCCUGUACACUUCUUUCUACUUUCUCUUCCUUACACUUCUUUCUGCUUUCUCUCCCAUACAUUUCUUUCUGCUUUCUCUCGCAUACACUUCUUUCUGCUUUCUCUAUUGUAAACUUCUUUCUGCUUUCUCUCCCAAACACUUCUUUCUGCUUUCUCCUUUGUAA